AUGCCGACUCAACAACAUAGGCUCCCUGUCAUCGACACGGCAAAGCGAUGGUUGCAGAGGCUGGUCCGCUCCCAGAACAACUCCAACGAUGUCCCUUUUCCAUGGCAGCAGUUCACCGUUCUUGCACUUGUACGUAUAUGUGAACCGAUUGCAUUCAUGUCAGUAUUUCCCUAUGCCUAUUACAUGGUUGAAUCAUUCCAUGUGGCCGAAAGUGAGGAGAAAAUUGCUCUCUUCGUUGGCAUGAUCACAUCUGCCUUUACUUUUGCCGAAUUCAGCAGCGGAGUCUUUUGGGGCCGUCUCAGUGACAAAAUCGGCCGGAAACCAGUCCUGAUUAUGGGCUUGAUUGGAACCGCCAUCAGUAUGCUAGUGUUCGGCUUUGCACCAAAUUUUCCAACCGCCAUGGUGGCUCGGGCCCUGGGUGGGUUGCUUAAUGGGAACAUCGGGGUUUUACAGACUACAGUUGCAGAACUAGUGACCUCUAAAGAACAGCAACCACGUGCUUACUCGAUUAUGCCUUUUAUCUGGUGUCUUGGCUCAAUCAUUGGACCGUAUUUGGGCGGUGCUCUAGCCAGGCCCGUGUUGAGCUAUCCGGCUAUUUUCAAGCCAGGGACCAUUUUCGAUCGGUUCCCUUUUCUCCUUCCCAACUUAGUCUGCAUUGGCAUUCUUAUUAUUGGAAUCACUAUCGGUACUCUAUUCCUGGAAGAAACACACGUCGAGAAGAAGCAUCGCAGAGACCGUGGAGUCGAAUUGGGCCGCUGGCUGUUGGGCAGAUCUUGGAGUGGUCAUGAGGAAGUUAUUGAGCCAAUGGAAACCAAGAUAGGGUUGAUUAAGGAAAUGGAAAGCGAUGAGAUCUACGAAGACCAGCCACCUGAAUACAGAAGCAGGGAACCAUCUCCUCGCUCGUCCUCGAUCGGCAAUGUUCGCCCACCAGAAAUUGAUCUCGACCUAGAAGAGCCAAAGAGGAGUCGCCGCGUUGGUUUCAAGAACGCAUUGACAAAACCGGUCGUCUGUGUUAUUGUAGGAUACGGUAUAUUGGCUUAUCAUAGCGUGUCCUUCGACCAGUUAAUGCCUAUCUUCUUGAGUACGCCGCCAUCAGAGAAGGAUAUUGACCUGCCUUUGAAAUUUACCGGUGGCUUGGCUCUUUCAACAAAAACAAUCGGCUAUAUGCUGGCUGUGCAGGGCAUUUACUCUCUCUUCGCACAAAUCUUUCUUUUUCCUUUCUUGGUUAACCAACUUGGUGCGCUCCGGUCCCUUCGCUUGGCUAUGUUCAUCUGGCCACCUAUCUACUUCGCUGUCCCUUACCUUAUUUUAUUACCGUCGACCUUGCAGAAACCAGCUGCCUACGUGGCCCUACUCAGCAAGAUUACGCUACAUGUUAUUUGCUUCCCCGGGAUAUCUUUACUACUCGCCAAUACAAUCCCUUCCAAAAAUGUCAUGGGAACGGUCAAUGGAUUAGCAUCUUCUGUAGCCAGUCUGAGCCGGGCCCUUGGCCCUUCAAUCACAGGCCUCUUACAUUCACAGGGACUGCGCAGCGGGUAUUCAAUUAUCGCUUGGUGGGCCUUGGGGAUCGUAUGUGUGAUUGGUGCCAUUGAAAGUCUGUUCAUGGAGGAAACCGAUCAGAAACAAGAACAUGACAUUAAAACCGAUACCACGAGCGAGCAGAUACCGAGCGUUUGCCAGCACCAGCAAUCACUAUACCCGGAACCGCUAGUGGUAUCAGAGGAGGUUGGGCUACUUUCGAACAUGUUUACGACCUCCGAGAUUUCCGAACCACUCGAAAUGUCCAUUGACGAUAAAUCGGAAAGACCUUGA